CUAGAGGGAGUAAACUUAAACGUGGAAAAAGAUGGGCUGAAAAAUUAUGGUCAAGUGCUUGCAACUGCUUGUGAAACUACUGCGACGUGUUAUAAUAACUAUUACAUUGAGAAUUUUCAGAACAUUAUCUGCAACUACUUCAUUUAUAUGAUUUGUAAAGAAUUUCCUGACGCUAAAAAAUCUGUCAUAAGGAAACUUGUAUAUGAACAUGUUUUAGAUCAAGUACUGUCAUCUGAUCCUGUUGCCGUCCUAAAUGAUGAUAUCCUCCCACCAUUAAGCCAAGAAACAAAAAUUGGUUUACAGGCAUUUAUAAACCCUUUAAUUGUGGAGCUCAAGAACCGCUUGCCAUCGUUCACAAUUACAAAGGCAACUCAGAAUACUGCCCCUUUUGGUAUUUUACCGGCAUUAAGACACAUUCUAUCCAAGUAUGAAUCAAUCAUUGCGGAAAAUUCUACUUUACAGAAGCAUGACUCAGAACCAGGAAAACCUCAAGAUACGGUUCAAUCUGGUGAAAAAAAAAAGAAGAAAGAUGAUAAAGCAAGGCAUUUUGUACCGCCAAGAAUAUUUAGCCUGUUUCCCAAUCCAGGUUUGCAGUGGCGCUUUAUCAAAAUCGAUAGUCAAAACGUUACUGGUAUAUUCCCUGGCUCAAACUUAAAGAAAGAAAAGGACGAGACUUUAUUUAGCUUCACACAAAGGUAUUUUUAUGAUUGUUUUAACUUUGCCAAACUAAAAAUUAGAAGCCUUAAAGAUCUGAAGGAGCUGCCUGCAACCAACGGCAAGAUGUUUUUGAACGGGAUGUACACCGAUGGUUAUACUUGCCGCUUACUAUUCUGUCGUCGUACUGAACCAUCUUCGUCAACUAAAAGCAUUGCCCUAGAACUCGAUGACUUUAACACUGACGAGGUAAAUACUUAUUUUAGGCCAUGUACUGUUGAUCCCGGAAGGAAGGAUGUGUUUGUAUCCUACCAUGGAGACAAUGAUGUGAGACGUCUUUCUUCAAAAGAAUACUACAAUAUGGGCGGUGUUACGCAAAGACAUAAACAGGAACAAGAACUCAAGAAAAGCUUGGGUAUUGAUCAAAUUGAGACCAAUAUCCCCUCACCUAAAACCACGUCUCAUGAUACCUAUAUACUAUACAUUACGUAUAUUCUCCAACAUAUUGAUACACUUUUUAAUUUCUACGGGUUUAGAACUACCAAUAGUAGAUGGUGUAAUUAUAUCGCAUCACAAAAGAGUAUAGAGGACGCCGUUAAUAUCCUUUUAAAUGGAUCAACAAAGUACAACAAGAAAAGAAGGAAAACUAAGAAGAAGAGUAAA